GAGACACAGAAACAGCUCCCACGUUCUCCUCCUCAUAUCUUACUUCUUUUCUUUAAUUAAUCAAUCUUAUAUAAAAUUACGUACAAUAAAUUAUUACGAAAUGCUAUAGGCAAUUUUACAUGGUAUUAUCGUUUGGCUUUAUAAUUUUUCCUUUCUAAAACCUUUGGUUUUGGCAAACUCCCAUUGACAAAAUGUUGUGUAUUCUUCCAAGGAAUAAAUUUAUUACCCUUCUUCUCUUGUGAACCUCCAUAAAUACUCUUAUCUCCAUACCCUUCUCUCUCUCUCUCUCUCUUCCCUCUUUCUUACUGGUAGAACCAAUAUCUUGAUCAUGGGAAUUCAGAAGCCUGCAUGGUUGGAUGCUCUCUACUCACAGAAGUUCUUCGUGGGUUGCUCUUAUCAUGAAACUGCGAAGAAGAAUGAGAAGAACGUUUGCUGCUUAGAUUGUUGUAUUAGUAUUUGCCCUCACUGUGUUCCAUCUCAUCGCUUUCAUAGGCUUCUUCAAGUUCGUCGAUACGUUUACCAUGAUGUUGUAAGAUUGGAAGAUCUCCAGAAGCUCAUAGACUGCUCAAAUAUGCAGGCCUAUACUAUAAAUAGUGCCAAAGUGGUGUUCAUCAAGAAGAGACCUCAGAACAGGCAUUUGAAAGGCUCUGGAAACUAUUGCACUUCCUGUGACAGAAGUCUCCAAGAACCCUUUAUUCAUUGCUCUCUUGGCUGCAAGGUGGAUUUCGUGCUGAAACAUUACAAAGACUUGUCUCCAUACCUAAGGAGAUGCAACUCUUUAACUCUCAGUCCUGACUUCUUGAUCCCUCAAGACAUGGGAGACGAUGAGACAGCUCAUUCAACGAUCGUGGACUCCGAAGAUCCGAUGAGCUGGUCGUCCGGCUCAUCGGGGUCGGAGAGUAUGUGCAUGGCAUGCACACAAGAGAUUGUACGGAAGAAGAGGAGUGGAUUAUACGUGUGUGGAAGAUCAGCUAAUAAAGUUUCAGAUGAAGACAUGGCUACUAGCAUGAGUAGAAGAAAAGGAAUCCCUCAUAGGUCUCCUCUGUGUUAAUUAGUUAUUUAAUUAAUUAAUUAGCAAAUUAUUAAAAAAAUAAUUACUACUAUUAAAAUUUUUAGUUUAAUUUGAUAAUUUUGACUGAAUUCUUCAAAUGUUCUCUCUCUCUCUUUUCAAUUUAAGUUAAAUUAAUCACUUGGUCGGGGAAGUUUUGUCUUAAUGGCAUCACGUGAUUCCCAAUUCCAAGUUAUGGUUUUGUACAUUUUUCCAAGUUUUUUUUAUAUUUUUUAUAUGAUUAUAUUUAUUAAUUAAUAUUCCUGUC